UGUCUGUGGAAUGAUUUAGGCAAGUUUCCUUAUCCGACUUGUUUCCGAACACAGACAGCAUAAGAGUCGAUCGGUAUGCCGACCAAGGUGCUUGAAACCUGUCGAAUAUCACCUCCGGCGGGCGGCGAGAUAUCUGUUCCCCUCUCUUUCUUCGACCUCCCAUGGAUCCAUUUCCACCCCAUCCGACGCCUCCUAUUCUACGAAUACCCACCGCCACCGGCUUGUUCCGACUCUGACUCCCUUUUCUUCGAAACCAUCGUUCCACAACUCAAACGAUCGCUCUCCCUCACUCUCGCCCGCUACCUUCCAGUCGCCGGCAAUUUGGUCUACCCUGACCCAGACCCAGACCCUGACCCUGACGUAAAAGUCAAAAAACCCAUUAUCCGUUAUGUAGCUGGAGAUUCCGUUUCUCUGACAGUCGCCGAGUCCACCUGUGAUUUCGACGAGCUCGUGGGGAAUUGUGCGCGAGAUGCUGAUCAGUUCUACGAUUUCGUGCCGCAGCUGCCACCACCCGUAGCAGACGAUGGAUCCAGCUGCAAUUGCAAAGCCAAAGCCGUCCCCGUAAUGGCCCUAAAAGUGACUCUCUUCCCGCCGGGGCGUGGUAUAUGUUUUGGUUUCGUCAAUAACCAUUGUCUUGGCGAUGCGAGCUCCAUUGUAGGCUUUAUUCAGGCAUGGGCUGACACCACCAAACUCCUCCUCCUCAUUAGUGCUGGUAACAGUAGUAGCCUCAGCCUCAGGGGAGAAGAGAAAUUAUUAGCUUUAGCUGCUGCUGAGGAUGGGGAUAGGGAUAUUAUUGAUUCCAGCUUGCCCUUGCCCCCAGUAAUUUUUGAUAGAUCAGUCAUCAGUGAUCCGCUCGGGAUUGACGAUAUCUUUUGGGAAGUCUUGAAAAAAGUCCCUUUGAAGUCAUCGACGUUUCCUGUGCCUACCAACCGGGUGAGAGCCACAUUCACCCUCCACCCGGCCGACAUAGAAAAACUCAAGAAUGUGGUUUCGGGCAAGAAACCGGGUCUGGUCGUGUCGUCGUUCGUGGUGACAGCAUCCUAUGUGUGGAGGUGCUUGGUGAAGUCUGGGGAGGAAGCAGAAGCUGAUGAUGACGACGAGUACGAGUACUUCAUCUUCGCAGUGGAUAUUAGGGGAAGGAUAAAUCCGCCGGUGCCUGCCAACUACUUUGGAAACUGCCUGAGUUACGGGAUGGCGAAGAUCGAGCACAGAGAGUUAGUCGGGGAAGAAGGGUUCGUGAUUGCCGCGGAGGCGGUGGCGAAGGACAUCAAGAACAGGGUAAACAACAAGGAGGAGGUGUUGAAAGGAGCCGAGAACUGGAUGUCGGAUAUGAAGAAAUAUCAGGGGAUUAGGGUGCUUGGAGUGUCGGGGUCCCCGAAAUUCGAUCUGCCCGGCGUAGACUUUGGGUGGGGAAGGGCGAGGAAGCUGGAAGUGCUGUCCAUCGACGGGGAGGAGUACUCCAUGUCCUUGUGCCGCUCAGGCCGGGGAUUGGAGAUCGGACUGUCCUUGCCCAGGCCCAGGAUGGAGGCCUUUGCAGCCCUGUUCACCCAGGGGAUCGAUUGAUAUUAUCUCCUCUUCCUCUUCCUAAUUCAAAUCCAUCUCCAUCUCCAUCUCCAUCUCCAUCUCCUUGUUAUUAUCAUUAUCAUUGUACUAACUAAUAUCCAAGAAAUGAAAGCCAUUUCAUUUUCAAUAAUAUCAUGUCCCGCUGCACGCCAACUAGUAUUA